GCUUACUUCUUCCGGUUCACGCUCCUCACGCUGUCGCGAGCAUGGCAGCGAAAAACAACCAUCGCAGGAAACACAAACCCGCAUUUAAAGCGAGUUUUAAGGCCGAAGAAUUAGAGCCGGAGGCCGAGAAUGGCGACGGAGAGGGGGACGAAGAAGCGGCAGCUGACGGAGGUGAAGGAAAAGCGGGAGAAAACGACGACGAGUUCAGCCUGGACGAAGUUCUACGGCUGGGAGGAACACAGGCCGAUUAUAUUCUUCUCGCCGCCAUCGACGACUCCAAAGAGCUCGUCAAUGGAGGUAAGAAAGAUGCCAUAGAUGAUCUGGAGGAGGGCGAGCUGGCGAAAUUCAUCAACAAACUGGGCUUUGGCGCUUUUGCGGGUCAGAACAUCAUCGCAGAGGAGCCAGAGGCCGACGACGCUGGGGGCUCUGGUGAGAAGGAAAGUAAAAAAGCAAAAAACAAGAAAACGUCAGCAGAAGAAGAAGAAACAUCCAGUGGUCUGAAGAAAGUCGUCAGUGACCUGCAGGAAGUGAGCAAACAGAAGGCCAAGAAGACGAAAGACGCUCAGGCAAGAAAAAAGACCAAGCAGAACCUGAAUGUGUUUGAGUUUCAGCAGAGACAGAACCUGCUCAUCAAACCUGGAGGGAAGUGGUUCGACCUGGAAUAUACCACCGAGGGUUCGUCCACGCCGCAGGAUCCGCAGCUUGUCUCCAAGUACAAGACGUUGGCUCAGCAGCUGUUUGAGGCGGAGGUGGAGCUCUACAAGAGCAAGAAGGUCCUGCAGAAAGGGGCCAACUCCCACUGGAUGAAGACGGUCGUCUCCUCCGGCGUGCUGGCCGACAGGAUGGCGGCCAUGACGGUCCUGAUCCAGGACGCUCCAGUGCACACGGUGGAUCACGUGAGUAACCUGGUGUCCAUGGUGAAGAAGAAGGGCAGCAGGAGGAUGGGUCUGAUGGCUCUGGACACACUGCGAGAGCUGCUGCUGUCCGACCUGCUGCCGGAGAACAGGAAGCUCCGCGCCUUCGCCCAGCACCCGUUUGACCAGCUGGAAGAGAAAGCCAGUGGCAACCGCGACUCCCGCGACCGCCGCCUUGUCCUCUGGUACUUCGAGCACCAGCUGAAGCACCAGGUGGCCGAGUUCGUGGCGGCGCUGGACUCGGUGGCUCACGACACGGUGGCGGCGACCAAGGCGAAGGCACUGGCCACCGCCCACGAGCUCCUCUGCGGCCGCCCCGAGCAGGAGAAGGCUCUGCUCAACCAGGUCGUCAACAAGCUGGGAGACCCCGAGUACAAGACGGCGGCCAAAGCCACCUACCUGCUGGAGACGCUGCUGCACAAACACCCCAACAUGAAGGUGGUGGUGUGCUGCGAGGUGGAGCGGCUCAUGUUCCGGCCCAACAUCGCCGCCAAAGCGCAGUACUACGCCGUCUGCUUCCUCAGCCAGGUGCUGCUGAGCCACGACGAGGCCGAGCUUGCCGCCAAACUCAUCACCAUCUACUUCUCCUUCUUCCGCGCCUGCGUCAAGAACAAGGACAUCGAGUCCAAGAUGCUGAGCGCGCUGCUGUCGGGCGUGAACCGGGCGUAUCCGUACGCUGGCGCCGGCGACGAGAAGGUGAAGGAGCAGCUGGACACGCUGUUCAGGGUGGUCCACCUGGUGAAGUUCAACACGGCCGUGCAGGCGCUGAUGCUGCUCUUCCAGGUGAUGGACUCACAGCAGACCGUCUCUGACCGGUAUUACGUCGCCCUCUACAGGAAGUUGUUGGACCCUGGUCUGUCGUCGUCCUCCAGACAGAGCAUGUUCCUCAACCUCCUGUACAAGUCUCUGAAGGCCGACAUCGUGCUGCGGCGGAUCAAAGCCUUCGUCAAGCGUCUGCUGCAGGUCAGCGCCGAGCAGAGCGCCAGCUUCGCCUGCGGCGCCCUCUUCCUGGUGUCAGAGGUCAUGAAGGCCAAGCCCGGCCUGAAGAUCCUGCUGCAGGAGACCGAGGACGGAGAGGAGGAGGAGUUUAAAGAUAUGGCCGAGGAAAACGAUGAUGAAGAGGAGAACUUUGUGGACGCAGAUAAAGUCCAGGAAGGAGGAAACGCUGAGUCGGCACACGCUAAACCUGCUGCAUCAUGGGUUCAUCACCACAACCUGGAAGCAUCGGGAGGGAAAGCGGCGCAGACGUACGACCCGCUGCACAGAAACCCGAUGUUCUGCGGCGCGGACUACACAACGCUGUGGGAGCUACAGCGGCUCUCGCUGCACUUUCAUCCGUCUGUGUCGCUGUUUGCAAAAACAAUCCUGCAGGGCGGAGUCAUCCUGUACUCUGGGGAUCCACUACAGGAUUUCACUCUCACUCGCUUCCUGGAUCGAUUCGUCUUCAGAAACCCGAAACAGCUGAAGGGACAACAAAACACAGACUCUGCCGCGCUGAGGCCCAAACACAAGUCACGGUUCAACUCUGUACCCGUGAACUGUGACGAGUUUCUGUCUAAAGAAGAAAGUCAGAUUCCUGUGGACGAGAUUUUCUUCCAUCGAUUCUUUAAGAAACGUCGUCAGGAGAAACAAAUCCGUCGUCCGCGCAGAGACGGAGACGACGAGAGCGUGGACGACGUGGACGACGAGGAGUUUGAGAAAAUCCUCGAUUCGUGUGAAGGAGACUCGUAUUUCACCGACCUGGGCAACAACGAUCUGGACUUCGCAGGGAAUGUGAAGAGUAAAAAAGGAAAGAAAGACGCCGACGACUCAGACGCCGAUGACUCGGACAUGGACGACGACGACCUGGACGACGAGGAGGUCUCUCUGGGCAGCAUGGACGAGGAGGACUUUGGAGACGAGCUGGAGGACGAGGGCGGGGCUUUCAUGGACCCAGACGGAGGCGGAGAAGACGACGACGACGAAGAAGACGAAGGCACUCCAGAGUUUGAUGACGAUGUUGCGUUCGAUGAUUCAGACGAUGAAACAGAAGCUCCAGACGUCACUCCUCAAACCAGGAAGGGGAAGAGGAAAUCAUCGGAGGAGCUCAACUUCUCUGGAUCCUUCUCUGACUCUAAAUCAGGGAAGAAGAAGAAAGGAAAGAAAGACGGAGCCAUGUUUGCUUCAGCUGAAGAGUUUGGUUCUCUGCUGGACGAAAACGCCGGCUCCAAGUUCGACAAUGUGGGCCUGAACGCCAUGGCAACCACAGACCGAGCAGGUGUGAAGCAGCUGAAGUGGGAGUCUCAGCGCGACGACUGGAUCCAGGGCCGCGACGUCAAGACGCUGCGCAAGAAGAAGGCGGUGUUCAACAAGAGGAGGCCGACGUUCGCCAGAGGCAAGGCAGGAGGCAAGACGCUCGGCGGCAACAACAACAACAACAAGAAGAGGAGGAAGUAGUUCAUCAUCAUCAUCACGAGUGUGAACUUUUUUACAAACAGACGCCUUCAGUCGUGUUUGGUCGACCACACUUCAACGUCUCGCUCUCGGAUUCCGUGAAUCCCCGCCCACUCAUUGGACUGGUAGUAAACUGGGAGGAGACAGGAGCGGUCAGCUGAUCAUGUUGUUGUUUUUACACGGUUUCAUAAGAAAGAAAACCCUAGCAGAUUUUCUUCUAUUGUAAAUCUAUAAUGAUCUGUUAUAUAAAGAGGCUAAAAAUGUUUCCUGAUGACGAUUUUACACUUGAGUAAAAACCGUUUCAGUAUGAAUCAGGUUUUUCAGGAGAUUUACACAAAUAUUUACAUAAAUAAGUCCAUAAACAAGACUCAAAUAAACACAUGUUUUCUUACCUUCAAGAAUCGAAGGGAA